AUGACAACUCAAUGCUGUCCGAUAAAUCGAGUAGAGUUGAGUAGAGUUGGCGCAGUAGAGUGCACGUGCUUGCGAGAUCUAUUAAUUAUAAGUUAUCUGGCAUUAAUUAUACGGUACACCAGCAAUACUAGUGAUUGGAGCUUUACUAUUUAUAUUUGUAAUCCACAUAAGCUUCAACGAACCUACAGUAAUUCCAAGAGCGACAUUCGACGAAACAAGAAAUGGAUGUACAAGGAAUAUUGGAUUUAUUGUUUGAUGAUCCAUCAGAUGACGAUGAUAUUAUCUAUCACCUUCCACCUGAACGUCAGCAUCAUCCUAAGAUCCCAAAUUUUUUUGAAACUGUUGUGUUGACAUAUUCUUUAACAGAUUUUAAGUCACAUUUCCGAUUAGAAUUAAAUACUUAUGAAAGAUUAGUACAAAACCUUGGACCUUAUUUACAUCGCGCGCUUGGUGCUGCAAAAAUGUCUCCUGAUAAACAAAUUGCUAUAACGUUAUGGUGCCUCGGUAAUCAGGAAGUUUACAGAUCAGUAGCAGACAGAUUUGGAGUAUCCAAAGAUACCGUUUGGAAAACUAUAUUUGAAGUUAUGAUGGUACUCACUGCAGACGCUCAGAGGUACAUUAAAUGGCCUGAACCUCAUGCAAUGGUACAUUUUGAACGUGAAUUUCGUCAAUUAAGUGGCUUCCCUGGGACAAUUGGAGCAAUUGAUGGCUGUCAUAUAGCUAUAAACGCACCAAUUGAAAAUUCAGAUAGUUAUAUUAACCGUAAAGGUUUCCACUCGAUAGUACUACAAGGCAUUUGUGACUAUAAAUUACGAUUUAUAGAUGUAUUUACGGGUAUAUGUGGUAGUGUUCAUGAUGCUAGAGUUUGGCGUUUAAGUGAUAUCAGACAAUUAAUAACUAACGAUGAAAAUAGAUACUUUCAAAAUCAAUACCAUUUGUUAGGUGAUUCAGCAUAUCCUUUAUCAAGAUAUAUGUUAACACCUUAUCGAGAUAAUGGUCAUUUAAAUAAUACACAACGAAAUUUUAACACUAACCACUCAAAAACACGUGUAGUCAUUGAGCGUACAUUUGGGAUUCUAAAAGCAAGAUUUCGAAAAUUAAAAUACGUUUAUAUGUAUAAUACAGAAAUGAUUCCCUUGGUUAUCCUUAGUUGUUGUAUCUUACAUAACAUAUGUAUAGAAAAUGAGGAUGCACCUAUAGAAGAUGAACCAAUAGAACUUAAUCCCAUGGAAAUGCUAAUUAAUAACGAAGUUGUAUUUAUGAACGGUGCAGAAAAAAGAGAUGAAAUUUCUCAUUUAUUGUAA